AGGGAUUCAAAGCAAGGCAAGAUGAAUACCGACACAGUAGAACUAGCGAGGGAAUAUGAUUUAAUAAGUUCUGUUUAUUUUCAGAAUCGAGUACGAGAUGAAGCUUUGAAAUGGAUCGUUUUCGAUGAAAACGACGACGUGCUCGAUGUUGGAUGUGGUCCCGGAAGGUUAUGUAAUAUGUUGUCUCCUCGUGUAAACUCAGUUACCGGUUUAGACAUUUCGCCUGGCAUGAUAGAAUAUGCAAAGAUGGAAAACUCAGGGCCCAAUAUACGAUUCUUUCAAGAGGACGCGCAGACGUUUGGUUUUCAUCUCAACAACUGGUGGGAAAGGUUCAACAAAAUCCUGAGUAUAACAGCUCUUCAUUGGUGCUUCGACAAGGAGAAUGUAUUGAGGAAUGUCUUCCAUUGCCUUAAACCUGGUGGUGUAUUCCUCCUUGACUUCGAGACGCAUUGGCACCUACGUGGGGAAUGGAGUAGAUACGGUGAAUCCUGCGAAGUAUGGCUUCAGAAACAUCACAGAUGGGGAAAAUAUCUGGAGAACUGUGACUAUUUACUGCUUCCAGUGGAAAGUACUGACACCUUUCACGACCUGAUGAGAUCAACAGGAUUCUCUAUUAUAAAAUCAGAGGUCAAGGAAUCACCCUGGGUUCAAUGGAAAGAACAUGAAAUUAAAAGUCAAUUAAGGACCUCCUUUUAUCCGAUGAAGUAUAUCCCUCUGGAACACCAAGAAGAAUUCAUCGGUGACGUGUACAAAUGGGCGUGUGGCGUCACUCCAAAGAGGUCCGGUAAUGUUUACCGAGGUGAAUAUGGGAGAAUUGAACACAUCACCAUCAUGGCUACCAAAUAAAGACAUUCUUCAAGUUUCUUGACCUGAUCCACGCGAGCAGAUCCCUCGACUUUUAGUGUCUUCAACAGGGACAUUUUAAGGAUUAUUUGUUUAGGAAUUCAUGAAGAGCAUACAUAUCUCACCAUAGUCAUCUAAUGCGAGCGCCUAGCGCGUGCAGAAUUUUACAGAAGUACACCUAAACCAUGGAGCU